AUAAAAAAUAAAUGCAAUUAGUGGAGAUAUUAGUCCAAAGUCCCACAGAAAACCAAAACAAAUAGAGGAAUUAAACCCGGUGGCUGUAAAGUAGCCCACAUUUCCAUCUUCCAUUUUGUUUUUGGUGUGUGUGUGUGUAUGUAUAUAUAUUAUAAUUUUAUUUUUUUUCCUUCUUCUAUUUUGUCUCUUCUUUGGCUUCCUUUGUCAAACUUUGCGUUCCCUUUUUUUCAAUGACGGAGUUGUCUAUAAGCUCACGAACCAGGCCGUUAAUACCCUUCCAAUUACGUAGUGUCGUGCUGUUAAUUGGGACCCCAUUUUUUUUUUCUAUUUUUCUUUUCCCAUUUCUAAUGUCAUAUUCUCUUCUGAGAAUUUAAUCCAGAGGUGGGGUUUCUCAUUCUUGAAGAAACUCACGGGGUUUCCAUGGAUAUACCCUCCAAUCCGAUCCAAAACCUGUAGGUCAUUCUUAAUAUACCUUUUCCACGAUUCUCUCUUUCUUGUUUUCUUUGUUUUCUUUUUUUUUUUUUUUUUGGUUUUUUUUUUUCCUCCUGGGUAGUUUUGGUUUACGGUGGGUAUGAUCGAGAAUGAGUCAACUCAGUGUGAUAUUGCAGGAAUCGGUGCGGAGAGAAAGGGAGGCCGGAACGAUUCUAGGGUUUCUGAGAGAACAAAUGGACGAUGUGGAUGGAGAGAGAGUAGGGAGAAGGAGGAUAACCCUGAAAGAACGGUUGGGAUUGAAAGGGAUGGGUUGUUGUGGGGCCGCUUGGGGUUUCAGGCCAACGGCGAUAAGCGUUAGAGAUAACGAUGAUGACAAUGAAGACGACGAAGAACAACAUCAACAACAACAACAACAACAACAACAACGACAGCGACGACAAGGACAAGAAACGGAGACAGUAAAUGCGGGUCAGGCUCCAACAGAGAACAACACGGAUCCGAGUUGCACGGAUCCGGUCAAUACUGCGUCGGGUAUGAACCUGGCAGCGGCUUUAGCAGCCGAAAGGCAAUUUCGAGCAACGAACGAAACGGAGGGAGUAUCGGCCGGAUCCACAAGCAAUAAUAAUAGGAGUGUGUCCGGUUCGGUGGCCGCGGAAACCGCACCGGGAACGCCUCUGAGAGUGUCAUUGAUGAGAUUGCUGGAGGAAACGGACGGUGGUGAUGCAACGGAAAAGGAAGGAGUUGGAACAACUUUGGGGAACGAUUCGGUGUGCUGCGUGUGCAUGGGAAGGAAGAAAGGUGCGGCUUUCAUACCAUGUGGGCACACUUUUUGCAGGGUGUGUUCGAGGGAGCUGUGGUUGAAUCGAGGCUCUUGUCCCCUCUGCAACCGUUCGAUCCUCGAGAUCCUCGACAUAUUCUAAACCAAAAAAAAAAACAAAAAAGGACCAUGAUGAUCAACGAUCUGAUGAUGAUGAUGAUGAUGAUGCCUCGAGAUUCGUGAUCAAAAAUUAGUUUCAGAAGGGCAACCACUCCAAUAGUCCAAUGGGUGAGGAAGGAAUUUCAAUUUACACGUAAAGAAAUCGAAUUUUAAUUUUUCCAAAUGUAAUUCAUAUGGAAUGAGACAUUCCAUGAAUUUCAAGUCAGUUCAUCAUCUCCUUUUUGCCCUUAAAAUUUUUUUUUUCAAGAUUGUUCUGUUUUUCAAGCUUAAUUUUGAGAUAAAUUUUUGUUUCCAAUU